CCAAUCUGAAUACAGGCUACUCAAUUACCAUAUUAAGAAACAACCAUGAUCACAAUCAUUGAAGUCCUAGUGUUUCUGCUUUUCACUUUCCCUUCUUGUUUAGCUCAAGAAACAAAUGUCAGCGACUACAAAGCUUUACUUGCAUUCAAAUCCAACCUUAUAUUAGAAUCCAUAAACAUUUUGUCCAGCAACUGGAGCUCAAACACUCAUUUCUGCAACUGGCUUGGAGUCUCAUGCUCAAAUUCACCAGACAAAAGAGUGGUAGCUUUGCAGCUCCGGGGUUUGGCUCUCCGAGGUAUUAUUUCCCCGGAAAUCGCCAAUUUGACUCGACUUCUUGUGCUAGACCUCAGUAGCAAUGAUUUGGGUGGCACUGUACCAAGUGAAUUAGGCCUCUUGCUUCAAUUGAGACUUCUCAAUUUAACUGGAAACUUCCUUCAAGGCAGCAUUCCUGCAAAUAUUAGCCACUGUCAGAAGCUUGAAGAACUAUGCAUAUCAAACAACAUGAUCACGGGAAGCAUACCGGAAGAGCUAGGCCUCCUGAGCAAUCUCAAAGCAUUGCGGCUCAACGACAUGAAUCUCACAGGCAAUGUUCCUGCUUCACUGGGAAACUUGUCGAAUUUACAGUACUUUUAUCUGCAUGAAAACACCUUACUGGGUGACAUACCUGCAGAGAUUGGCAAACUCAGUCAUCUCACGCUCCUUUCCUUUCGUGGUAACAACUUUACUGGCUCACUACCCCCAUUAAUCUUUAAUAUCUCAGCUUUACAGAUAAUAGACUUCUCCAUAAAUGGGCUCUCUGGACAACUACCUGAGAAUUUGGGUCAUUGGCUUCCUAAUCUUGAAAGUCUCUUUGUGGACAGCAACCGGAUCACAGGUAGAAUCCCAGUUUCUCUGUCUAAUGCAUCAAAGCUCAAUAACCUGUUUUUGACUGAGAACAAUUUUCGCGGAAAUAUACCGAGCGAGUUGGGUAGGCUGCUUCAAUUGGAGUGGUUGGAGUUGGAAUACAAUCAACUUUCCAAUAACACACCAUCUAGCAUCUUCAAUAUUUCUUCAUUACAAAUUCUUGAAGCCAGGCACAACUACCUGAGUGGGCAACUCCCUGAUGAUCUGGGUUUGUGGCUUCCCAAUCUUCAAGAGAUUUAUCUUUCUCAUAACCUAUUUAGUGGAGAGAUAGCUCCUUCCAUAUGUAACGCCUCAAAACUUGUUUAUCUAGAGAUGUCGAACAACAGUUUCAGCGGUCCCAUUCCAAUGAUGCUUGGAAAGCUGGUUAACCUAGAGCAUCUGAACCUCCAGAAUAAUUUACUAACAAGUGAACCCCAAUCUACACAUCUAGACUUCCUAAAUUCCUUGGUGAACUCUAGGAAUCUAGAAUAUCUCAUCCUUGGCUCCAACCCUUUGAAUGGGAUUCUACCAGAUUCAAUAGGGAACCUCUCUAGCAAUCUCAGGGUCAUUGCUGCAGAAUCAUGUCAGAUUAAGGGCAGCAUUCCACGAGGAUUGGGAAACUUGAGCAGCUUGUCAUUUUUGGGGUUAGCCAAUAAUGAUUUAGAAGGUAACAUACCCCCAUCUUUUGUUGGCCUGCUAAACUUGGAAAGGCUGUACCUCACUGGAAACAAUUUGAAAGGUCCUAUUUCAGCUGAACUGUGUAGCAUAAAAAGUCUAGGAAUACUACACUUGGGAGAAAACAUGCUAUCAGGAUCCAUACCCAUAUUUAUCAAAAAUCUCACGGAGCUGGUAGAAUUCUCUCUUGCUGCUAACAGUUUCAAUUCCAACAUACCUUUGAGUUUCUGGAGACUAGUAAAGUUAGAAAGUCUAAACUUGUCUCGAACUUCACUACAUGGCUUCAUCCCUCCUGAAAUGGGGAACUUAAAAGCAGUCAGGAUCAUGGACCUCUCUUCUAGUAACUUCUCUGGUGACAUUCCAAAUUCUCUUGGAUCCCUCCAGAACCUAGUUUCACUUGAUAUGUCCAGGAAUUCAUUCCAGGGUCCUAUCCCGGACUCUGUUAGAAAUCUUAUUGUUCUGGAAUCCUUGGAUCUGUCUUCCAAUGUUCUCUCUGGUAUGAUUCCCAAGGCCCUUGAGUCAAUGCAAGAUCUCAAGUACCUGAAUCUUUCUUUCAACAGGCUACAUGGAGAAAUCCCCCAAAAAGGGGUGUUCUUAAAUCUCAGCUACCAGUCAUUAAUGGGAAAUCCUCAAAUUUGUGGAGCACCAAGACUGGGACUUCCUUCAUGCCCAACUCAAACCUCCAACCGAAGAAGAAGAACAUCUCAUGUUCUUAAGAUAACCAUCCCCAUUAUUGCAACAUUUCUGCUUGUGGUCAUAUGUUGUCUUACAUGGAUCAGCUUCUACAAAAAGAAAGUGGAAGGCAACACAGCAGUGGAUUCUUCCCCCAGAAUGGGACAUCAGAUCAUCACCUAUCAUGAGCUUGUACGUGCAACUGCACAUUUUAGUGAAGCCAACUUAAUAGGAAGUGGGAGUUCUAGUAUGGUUUACAAAGGCACGCUCGCUGAUGGUACAGUUGCUGCAAUCAAGGUUCUUAACAUGCAGUCGGAAGGGGCACUUAAAAAUUUCAAUGCAGAAUGUGAAAUUAUGUGCAAUGCACGGCACCGGAAUCUAGUUAAAAUAAUCUCCACUUGCUCCAAUAUGGAUUUCAAAGCUAUGGUACUAGAGUUCAUGCCAAAUGGAACUCUGGACAAGUGGUUGCACUCCCACAACAACCACUUGAACCUAAUCCAAAGAAUUGAUAUAGUGACAGAUGUAGCACUUGCAAUGGAGUAUCUACACCAUGAAUGCACUGUGCCAAUUGUUCAUUGUGAUCUAAAGCCAAGCAACGUGCUUCUAGAUGAGGAGAUGACUGCUCAUGUGGCAGACUAUGGGAUUUCCAAGGUGUUGGCGCAAGAUCAAGCAAUGACACAAACCAGGACUCUAGGAACUAUCGGGUACAUUGCUCCAGAAUAUGGGUUAGAUGGGCAUGUAUCGACAAGGGCAGAUGUUUAUAGCUUUGGGAUUUUGUUGCUCGAGACAUUUACCAGAAAGAAGCCUACAGAUGAUAUGUUUAGAGGAGACUUAAGCUUGCAUCAAUGGGUAAAUAGAUUCUUUCCUGAUUCCGUAAAGGUAGUGUUGGACUCAAGCCUUUCGAGUGAUAUGGACUUCAAAAAAGAAAGCAGCAGUGCAAUGCUUGAGCAGUCAUUGGUGUCAAUUAUUCAUGUGGCUUUGCAAUGCUUGAAAGAAUCACCUGAGGAAAGGAUUAACAUGAGAGAUGUAGGGGUACAGCUAAAGAAGAUCAGAACAGAGUCACAUCAAUAUGCACGGCAAGGUAAUCCGAAAUUUUCAAAUCCACAUACAAAAGGCCUGUGA